AUGCCAUCGAGUCGGUUUGAUAACCAGCUGCAGAUUCACCUGUUGCUCUGCGUCCUGCUCCUCGCCGCUGGACAGAGGAUACCGGUUCGAGUGCCACAGCAGGAUCUGCAGGUGCCCAACUUCGGGGGCGAGAGCUUCGAGAGAUUUGCCAGCGGAUCCGGUUCGGGAUCGGGAUCGAGCAGUAGCGGGAGCAGUGAGAGCCAGGAAACCAGCGAUGAGAUGCGGGAGCAACUGAAGCAGCUCCUGGGCAACCAGCUGUCCAAAGCCUUUGUCCCCCUGGCCACCACUCCUUUUACCCGCCGACAACCGGCCAUUGUGGCACCCACUUCCUCCGGGGAAGCAGCUCGGACACAGUUCAACGCCGAUCAGGAUCAGGAAACGAAUGAAGAGGAGUCCCCGGAGGAGGAGGAAGGGGGUGAAGGCAACGAGGAGGAGGCGGAGGAGGAAGAGCAGGUUACUCAGCAGCCACAGCCACUGCCACCACCUCUUCCACAGCCUGCAGGCCCCGAGGAGGAGCUGAUUGGUGGGCAGGAGGAGGUGCUCGAGGACUACAAUGCCUGGCGCGACAACUUCUACGACCUCAACGAAGACGGUAGCUAUAUCUUUGGUUACUCCAUACCCCAUGGCGUUCGUCGCUGGGAGAAGGGCUUCUUUUCGGAGGAGCAGCAUGGUAAAGUGAUCGAGGGCUUCUACGUCCAGCCUCGUCAGAUUGCCCAGGGCCUUGGAUACGAGCUGCGAUGCUACAGAGCCGAUGACAAUGGCUACCAGCCACUGCCAGUUGAGUUUCUAAGAACGCCGCCAGUUGUAAGGCGUGAUGUGGUACCCCAGGUCAAUUGCUUCCGUAAUUCCGAUGACAGACGACCAUAAGCCGGGGAUUGUCCAAAACCACACGAUGGAAAACAAUCCCCAAAUUCAGUAGAUAACACACUAUAAUCGUCCGAAAUGCAGCCUUAUUAAAGUGUAUUUAAAAUA